UUAACAACCAGGAACAAAAUAAGGUGCACAGAGGAAACACAUUCAAAAUGAGGACAUUUGAAGCAGGUUAAGGUACCACAUUACGACAUGGCAACAGGUUUCACCAGACCACCAGAAAUUUUACAACUGCAUAAAGACAUGGUGCAGAACCUAGCAGAAUUAUUUUCGGUUAAAGACAAAAAAUGGAGGAACAUUUUGAAUAAGGUACACAUGCUUAACCUACUACCUCAGGCUGAUAUAGGAGAAAUAGAAACCAUGUUUGAUCUUUUCAUCAGAUUGGUGGAGAAAAAGGACAAUGGCAUUACGUACGGUGAAUACACAAGUAUGCGUGACAUUCUUGGUUUUGACAACGUCUUUGCUGAAGAAAUAAUAGACAAUUACACUGGACGCAUACAAGCAUGUUAUAAAGACGUCCCUACUGUAGAGAUUAACACAAAAACGUACAGUGUCACAAAAGGACAACACAUUGUGCUGAAAUGUGAACUGAUUAAAAGUACCACUUCAAUCGUCGAUGUGCAAUGGAAAAGAAAAGCGAAAGGAAAGUGCACAUUCACAGACAUUGAGAUCGAUAACAAGAGAUAUAUUGGUGGGUCUGUUAAGUCGCCAUCUCUUUGUAUAACGGAGACAAGAGAGGAGGACAAUGAGGCAAUAUAUAUCUGUCAGGCUAAAAACGCAGCCGGAACAGGGAAGAGUGAUGAGAUCCACGUCAAAAUCACACAACCAAAGCAAGUAAAAGACGUCCCUAUUGUAGAGAUUAACACAAAACCGUACAGUGUCACGAAAGGACAACACAUUGUGCUGAAAUGUGAACUGAUUAAAAGUACCACUUCAAUCGUCGAUGUGCAAUGGAAAAGAAAGGCGAAAGGAGAAGGCACAUUCACAGACAUUGAGAUCGACGACAAGAGAUAUAUUGGUGGAUCUGUUAAGUCGCCAUCUCUUUGUAUAACGGAGACAAGAGAGGAGGACAAUGAGGCAAUAUAUGUCUGUCAUGCUAAAAACGCAGCCGGAACAGGGAAGAGUGAUGAGAUCCACGUCAUAAUCAAACAACCAGAGCAAGUAAAAGAUCCUGAAAAGACUUUUGACGGUCAGUGGAAAAAUGCAAUGAAAAUGGCAGAAACCUUUAUUCAACCCUUUGGAGAGUUAAAAGGCUUCAUAGCAACAGGGGAUAUGGACAUCAGAAAUAUCCACGUACGAUUUACUGUUCACGAAGACAAAAUAUAUCUCAAAGAAUCCCUUCAAGAAAAGAUUGCAGCAGCUUUAUGUGUAGACCAUAGGAUUGUCAACAUAAUGUUGACCAGAGGUUGCAUCAUCGUGUCGUUCGACAUAACUGGUGCUACACAUCCAUUGCAAACAUCUGCGUUGGCCUUAGCGGAACGAUUCGGUACAGGUCUGAAAGACAGCUCUAUUCUUCUGACUGAUGAAUCCGGAAACCCGUUACAAGUACAACCCGAUUCUGUAAAGUUAACAAUGAAAGAUACGGCUGAUGCUGCCGCUGAUGUGAAUUGGCCGAUAGUAAGCAUCGAUCAAGCUGCAUUCUGUGUUGAAAUCGGAAACAUAGCUAUCUUUAAAAGCAGGCUGUUGACGUCAACCCCUAUCAUCUCAGUUACAUGGUUCCGAAUCAACAAAGACGACGGAACAGAACAUGCCAUUGAGAUUGAUAGCGAUAAAUACUUUGGAGGUUCUGUUGAGUCACCAUCUUUGGUAAUUGGUGACACAACAGUUGAGGAUGAAGGGUGUUAUGUAUGUCUUGUUGAAAACAGCUAUGGUGUCGGAAAAAGCUUCUCCACCUCCCUAUGUGUUAUCAAUAGUGACAACAUUGACACGUUUUUUGCGGUGCUACAAGCUGAGACGUUACAAAAAGACAGCGAGUCAACAAGUAGUUCCAAGACAACAAGUGACGACAGUUCGACGAUACAAACAAUUACUGGAAAAGCGUCACCUAUGACGAAAAACAUGGCAGAAAUGUCUAUGACGGAAAACAUGUCAGAAAUUCCUGUGGCAGAAAACAUGUCAGAAAUGGCUGUGACUGAUCAAUAUACUUCAUCUGGAGUCGAAAACGAGUACCGGAUAGCUUUGAUAGGACGCACAGGGUCUGCAAAAAGUGCAACCGGAAACAACAUUCUUGGUAAGAAAGCCUUUAUGUCUAAAAUGUCCUCAAUGACAAAUAGAUGUGAAUUCCAUACAGCGGAGCGCUUUGGCAAGAAGUUGGUAGUAGUGGAUACACCGGGAUUGUUUGACACGGCAUUACCGAACGAAGAUAUCACAAAAGAAAUCGUUAAAUGCAUAGCAAUGCUCGCUCCCGGACCUCACGCCUUUAUUCUUGUUGUUCAAGUAGGGCGCAUCACACCAGAAGAGCAGAACACAAUCACCCACUUCAGUAAUGUCUUUGGUGAAGAAUUCUUCAAGUACCUGAUAGUACUUUUUACACGAAAAGAUGACUUAGAAAACAACGGUAUGACCAUUCAUGAGUAUAUCAAAGAGGUUCCAGAUAAACUGAAAGACAUUUUACAGAGAUGUGGUUACAAAUAUUUAGCAUUUGAUAACUCUCCAAGAGGUCGGAAAACUGGCGCCGAUGCACUUGAACUGGUUGAAAUGGUGCAAGAUAUCGUGAAUGAGACUGGGAAAUCAUACUACUCAAACGAGAUGUUUGAGAAAGCAGAACAGGAGUUUCAGCGAAGAGCUGAGGAAUUCCGACUUGAGGAAAAAAAGAAGAUUGAUAAGGCACAAAAGAAGAUACAGGAAGACCUGGAAACCGAACAAAAGAAAAUUGAAGCUGUGAAAAAAGAAGUUGAGGCAAGUCGAAUGGAACUUCGAGCAAAGGAAUUGGAACUUCAGACAAAGGAAAAAGAAAAGUCUCAGGAAUUUGAAGAAACACUUCGAAAGCAGAAAGCUGCUAAAAAGGAACUCGAAGCAAUGGAAAGAGAAAUUGAAGAAUGGGAAAUCAAGUCAAGGAGGAAACGCGAUUUAGAGUAAAGAGAAAAAGAGUUCGAAGAAAAAUGUGGGAGCUAUCGUGACGAUUUUAGAAAGGAAUGCGAAAAGGGAGAUGAGUCUUUUAUGGUCGGACUAAUGAACAGUGUAGGGUCUGCAGUAGUAGCCGUUGGAAAUGCAGCAGAAAAAGUUGCAAAUGCAAUAGGAACCAUGGUUGGAUUGUUUAAAGAAAAAAAUAAUGAUAAGGAACAAAAGAAGUUACAGAAAGACAUGGAAACCGAACAAAAGAUCAUUGAAGCGCAGAGAACACUUUCUACAAUAAAAUCAUGAAUACGCAGAACAGUUAUUUGCCUGUUCCGGAUGUAACGUGUCCUAUUAGUUGUCCCGGAAGUAACGUGUCCAGUAAGUUGUUCAGGAUGUAACGCUUCCAAUUAGUUGUUGCGGAUGUAACAUGAUCUGUUAGUUGUUCUGGAUGUAAUGUGUGCUGGUUUUUGUACCGGAUGUAACGUGUCCUGUUAGUUGUUUUGAUAUAACGUGUCCUGACAGUUGUUGCGGAUGUAACGUCUGCUGUUAGUUGUUCCGGAUGUAACGUGUCCUGAUAGAUGUUUCGUAUGGUACGAGCCCAGAUAGUUGUUGCGGAUGUAACGUGUGCUGUUAGUUGUUCCAGAUGUAAUGUAUCCUUUUUAUUGCUCAGGAUGAAACGUGUCCUGAAAAUGUCGAAUACGAAUAGAAGAAAUGAAACAAAAUCAGGAAGUUAAUAACAUGCGUGACAAUUAUCGUAGUGGAACGUCGAUAUAAGUCUGGUUUGGUAAGAUAAUUGGAUUUGUUGCAGGUAUUAACAACUUAAUAGGAUGGUAUUAGGACAUAAGGUAAAGUUUACCUGGGAGAAGCAUAUUCUUUACAAGAACAGAAAGAUCUCGAUCAGACAAAAAAUUAAAUGUAGCCAGUCUUAUUCACGAUAUAAGGGAACGUUUACUUGGGAGAAGCAUAGUAGAUACGAAAACAGAAAGAUCUCUUUCGGACACUUGAUAAAUCUAACUAGCCUAAAUCAUGAUUAAGCAGAAAACUAUCUGUUUUGCGCCAUUUCUGCUUCCUCUUUUCUCAGCAUAUCAAUACUUAUAUAUUUUAUAUCAACAUAACCAAGCGAAAGCGGUAAAAAAAAACCACCAAUUAUCCAGUAUAAAUAUAUUUUCAUAUUCUUGUUUAUUUAUGUGAUAAUAAUCCCCCGUCACUAUUCCUUGAGUGACGUGUCCUUUCUGUUGUUCCAGCGUUAAGUAUCAUGUCAGUUAUUUCGGAUGUAAACUGUCCUAUCAGUUGUUCCGUGUGUAAAAAUUUCUUAUCAGUUGUUCCGUGUGUAAAAAAUUCCUAUCAGUUGUUCCGUGUGUAAAAAAAUCCUAUCAGUUGUUCCGGGUGUAAAUUGUCCUGUCAGUCGUUCCGGGUGUAAAGUUUCCUGCCAGUUGUUCCGGGUGUUAAGUGUUCUGACAGUUGUUCCGGUGUUUCAUGUCCUGUCAAUUGUUCCGGGUGUUACGUGUCCUGUCAGUUGUUCCGGGUGUUACCUGUCCACUCGGUUGUUCCGGUGUAAAGUGUCCUGCCAGUUGUUCCGGGUGUUAAGUGUCCUGUCAGUUGUUCCGGGUGUUACAUGUCCUGUCAGUUGUUCCGGGUGUUACGUGUCCACUCGGUUGUUCCGGUGUAAAGUGGCCUGUCAGUUGUUCCGGGUGUUCAGUGUCCUGUCAGUUGUUCCGGGUGUUAAGUGUCCUGGCAGUUGUUCCGGGUGUAAAGUGUCCUGUCAGUUGUUCCGGAUUUUACGUGUCCUGAAAGAUGUUCCAGGUGGUACGAGCCCAGUUAGUUGUUCCGAUGUAAAAUGUCCUGUCAGUUGUUCCGGGUGUUAUUGUCCUGUCAGUUGUUCCGGGUGUUUCAUGACCUGUCAGUUGUUCCGGGUGUUUCAUGUCCUGUCAGUUGUUCCGGGUGUUACAUGUCCUGUCAGUUGUUCCGGUGUUACGUUUCCACUCAGUUGUUCCGGUGUUACGUUUCCACUCAGUUGUUCCGGGUGUUACACGUCCUGUCAGUUGUUCCAGGUGUUAAGUGUCCUGUCAGUUGUUCCGGGUGUUACGUUUCCACUCAGUUGUUCCGGUGUUACGUUUCCACUCAGUUGUUCCGGUGUAAAGUGUCCUGUCAAUUGUUCCGGGUGUUACAUGUCCUGUCAGUUGUUCCGGCUGUAAAAUGUCCUUUCAGUUGUUCUGGGUGUUCGUGUCCUUUCAGUUGUUCUGGGUGUUCCGUGUCCUGUCAGUUGUUCUGGGUGUUAAUUGUCCUGCCAGUUGUUCCGGGUUUAAUUGUCUUGUUUGAUGUGCUAUAGAGUGAAUCUGUUGGACGUUUCAUUACUAGCUAAGUAUGCAGUAGAAGUAUGUAAUAUUCAGAAAAAAAAUUGUUUAAAGCUGAAGAUUUGGACAAGGAUGACUUUAUCGCAUCAACACGUUUUUGUUUUUUGUUAUCAUUACAUUUUUUUAUAAGAAGUAGAGACGUAUUUGUCACCCGAUACACGCGAUAAUGGACCGGCUCUCUAGCGAUAUAACUAGUUUCACAACUUGGGAGCUGUGUGUCGUACGCGUUGUGCUUUGUUUCUAAACAAUAUUUUUAUAUUUUAAUAUGUUUUUUUUUUUCUUUGAUAUAUUGCUUAUUAAAAAAGUAUUUAAA